ACGAGCUGCACGAACUUCUGCACACACAGAGACUUCAUACCUAGACGAGUAAUUGGGACGACAUCGAGUAUUUCUUCCCUCAGAAGGUAAAUUGGCAACGCUUCAUCAGAAACACAUAGGAAGACGAUGGAAGGACAAACAACUCCCAUCAGACAAAGCCAAGCUACGCCCUCCACUCUGUUCCCAAGCCAGUCAUCGGAUACCAUUCUGUCAUCUGGUGUCAACAAACCAAUGAGUGCACUCCUUGCCGAUAUAACUUCACUGAUGCUCCUAUCAGCAUCCGCAGACCAAAACAAUGAAUAUGAUGUUUCCGGUUCACCACCAUCCUUCCUUGUAGAUCUUGAGAAAACCGUCGUUGACCGCUUGAAGCACGCUGACGAAUACGCUGACAUUGGUCAAGAUUUAGGCACGAAUGCUGCACAUAAUAUGCCGAUUUAUAGACCAAUGGAAGGCAAACCAACAAUGGCAUCUGACACUAAAAGAUCUAUGGAGCAUUUGAUGCUUGCAAUGGCAGCCAAACCAAGACCCGACCUGGUCAGUCUGCAGAGCGCUGCUGAUUGUUCCAUCACUGAUCGUCCACUCUGUAUGACAUUCGACAGCGGAAUAUCGAGCCCAGCAUCUGCCCUUUUACCCGGAAAUGUUGAGACUGAACGGUCUCUGAAGGUGGACGAUUCUACUGUUAGUAAGCAAUUGCAUCAGCGUCUACAGCGUCUUAAGACGUUUGUGGAGCAAAGACUACAAGAUUCAAGUCAUCCAAGGGAAAGUAAAUGUGCAACAUUGUCGAAAGAGAUCAGAGACCGUCUGUGCACACUUGCAAAAUCUAGCCUUACUUCUAGCCGUUCUGAGAGCCCAUCUGCACCUGAGCUAUUCAUGGAAAAAGCACUGUCCAGCAGCCUACUCAUAUUUGAAAAUACCAAGCUAUCAGCCGAGGUUGCCUAUUUACAGAAGAAAGUUGAAAUCCUUGAAGACAUUGCUGCGACUAGAGGCUUUAAUCCUGAAGCCUGUAAGCCUACUAUGGAGACAAUCAGCAUUGGAUCACAGACAGAUGAACAAAUAAAACAGCAUUCAACAUUUGACGAAACAGACUUUGGCAUAUCAGACUUUUCUCUGACAUCACCGGAGACCAACUGUCUGAUGAGCACAGCUUUCUGCAAGGAUGGCGAGUUCCCACAACCCUCUGGGAUGUCAACACCAGGAGCAGCUUCAAACAAACGACAACGACGCAAAAUUGAGGUCCCAACGCAACUCAAAGUGACACCAUCAACAUCUUACCUAAGCAUCGAUCCAUGGGCUGAUGUCGAUGAUAAACAGCAGAAUGGAUCCUACACAGGCUGCUGGAGAGGGUUGUGCGCUUGCUUCUACAACAGUCCACAGGCCAGACAUAACUGAGACUUGUCAAUCACCUUCAGCUGCGUGUGAAAUAGUCUCAAAUCGACAGUUUGGUCAAACUCUGUACAAAUUAGUACGCUUAUUACAAAAAUAACUCUUUUGGGUUAACAACUUAUUUAUUUGCGACAAAGCAAAACUAUAAAACAAAGUCCAUACAUGUGUAGUGUACAUUGUUCUGCCACCUCAAUGUGCCAGUUUAUUUCAUAAACAAUAUUGUUAUGUAUAAACUAGAAGUGAA